GGUAGUGCACGUGUCCCUCCUUUCCCUAAUUGCUCUAAUCCAGGAGCUGGUUCUCCCCCCCUCUCUAUUCUCUAUUCCUUCUCCUCACUACCAUUAAUACUUUUCCCUUUUCUAUCUAAAAUCCUUUCCCAAUCGGCUGCGCCGGCGCAACAGCCACUAAUCGGAUAUUCUAUCCCUUUUUCCUCUUCCGGCAGAUUUAUCUCGCCGGGGAAAUCUAAACUCAGGCGGACUAGUUGAAGAAGCAGAGCUGCGUGCCACUUUCCCGCCAUGGAAACGGAGGUUCAAUCCAAUUACAGAUAUAAGGGGCGAAGUUUCAGCGAUCUCAGCAUCCACGAUAACUCUUCCGCUUUCAGCGACUGCGACAGCGAUAGAUCUGGCGAGUUCCCGACGGCUUCCUCCCAGAGCCGCCGUCUCCUGCUGGCCUGCGCCGCGGACAACUCCGAUGAUUUGAUCAGUCAAUUGGUCUCCGGCCUGGAUUCGACAUCGAUCGAAGAGCAAAAGCAAGCCGCGAUGGAAAUCCGCCUCCUCGCAAAGAACAAGCCGGAGAACAGAAUCAAAAUCGCCCGAUCCGGCGCAAUUAAACGGCUGAUUUCGCUGAUUUCUUCCCCCGAUCCACAGCUUCUGGAAUACGGCGUAACCGCAAUCCUCAACCUCUCUCUCUGCGACGAGAACAAGCCGCUCAUCGCAGCUUCGGGAGCAAUCAAGCCGCUCGUCCGCGCUCUCAAGCUCGGCACCUCCGUCGCCAAGGAGAACGCCGCCUGCGCCCUGCUCCGCCUCUCCCAACUCGAAGAGAACAAAAUCGCAAUCGGACGGUCCGGCGCGAUUCCACCGCUAGUGGAUCUCCUAGAGAACGGGAACUUACGAGGCAAAAAGGACGCGUCCACGGCCCUGUACUCGCUGUGCUCGGCAAAGGAGAACAAGGUGCGAGCGGUGGAAGCCGGAAUAAUGAAACCUCUUGUGGAACUAAUGGCGGAUUUCAGCUCAAGCAUGGUGGACAAAUCUGGAUUCGUGGUGAACGUGCUGGCCUCGGUGGCGGAGGCGAGGGCGGCGCUGGUGGAGGAAGGCGGAAUACCGGUGGUGGUGGAGAUCGUGGAGGUAGGGUCACAGAGACAGAAAGAGAUUGCGGUGUCGAUACUGCUUCAGCUAUGUGAGGAGAGCUUGCCAUACCGUACAAUGGUGGCCCGCGAGGGGGCGAUUCCUCCCCUCGUUGCUUUGUCGCAGUCCGGCACUAACCGCGCCAAACAAAAGGCGGAGACGCUGAUACAGCUUCUGCGGCAGCCGAGAUCGGCCAGCGCCGCCGCGCUUGGAACCCCCUGCUGAGAUCUGAGACGGUGGCCCGGGUCCCACAACGCCAGUGGUAGAAAAGUGAAAAGUGAAACUGUAAUCCUGUAAAUAGCAGCUACAGCCUACAGGCCGGAGUAUAAUUAAUUAUUACCGGUUGCUUGUAUGUAGGAUUUACAUUUGCGCCUUUACUUUGCUUUAAAUUUGGGUGUGUUUUUGUUGACGGAGAACGUAGAGGGAAGCAAUCUUUCUUUGUUCAAAGAUUCCACAUUUUUAGUUUCUUGUUAAGGGUAAAUAGCUCUGUAAAUUUUGAGCUGAUGAAUGCCUUUAACCGUGGGAGGAGGGGAUCUUUGUAUCUACUAUCUAUUC